AAACUUCUCGCCACGGCGCAGCAGAUGCUCCAGGACAGCAAGACAAAAAUAGAAGUUAUAAGGAUGCAGAUUCUUCAGGCAGUCCAGACCAAUGAACUGGCUUUUGAUAAUGCAAAACCUGUGAUAAGCCCUCUUGAACUCCGAAUGGAAGAAUUGCGGCAUCAUUUUAGGAUAGAGUAUGCUGUAGCAGAAGGUGCAAAAAAUGUGAUGAAAUUACUUGGAUCGGGGAAAGUUACCGACAGAAAGGCACUUUCAGAAGCGCAAGCAAGAUUUAACGAAUCAAGCCAGAAGCUGGACCUCUUGAAGUAUUCACUGGAACAGAGAUUGAAUGAACUUCCUAAAAACCAUCCCAAAAGCAGUAUUAUUAUAGAGGAGCUGUCGUUGGUUUCUUCACCCACAUUAAGUCCUCGUCAAAGUGUAAUAUCUACUCAAAACCAGUAUAGUACACUGUCCAAACCAGCAGCUUUAACAGGUACUCUGGAAGUUAGGCUAAUGGGCUGCCAAGAUAUUUUAGAGAAUGUUCCUGGUCGAUCAAAAGCCACAUCGAUUACAUUACCCGGUUGGAGUCCAAAUGAAGCCAGAUCAUCUUUCAUGAGCAGAACCAGUAAAAGUAAAAGCGGGAGCAGUAGAAACCUUCUGAAAACUGAUGACUUGUCCAAUGAAGUCUGUGCCGUACUGAAGCUGGAUAACACUGUGGUGGGUCAAACUAGCUGGAAACCCAUUUCCAAUCAGUCGUGGGAUCAGAAGUUUACACUGGAACUAGACAGGUCACGUGAACUAGAAAUCUCCGUUUACUGGCGUGACUGGAGAUCUCUGUGUGCAGUGAAGUUUCUGAGGUUGGAAGAUUUCCUGGAUAACCAGCGACAUGGCAUGUGUCUCUAUCUUGAACCCCAGGGCACUCUGUUUGCAGAGGUUACGUUUUUUAAUCCAGUUAUUGAAAGAAGACCAAAACUCCAGAGGCAGAAGAAAAUCUUUUCAAAACAGCAAGGCAAAACGUUUCUCAGAGCUCCUCAGAUGAAUAUUAACAUUGCCACUUGGGGAAGGCUGGUAAGAAGAGCUAUCCCUACAGUCAAUCACUCUGGCACCUUCAGCCCUCAAGCAGCAGUGCCUGCUGCCAUGCCAGUGGUUGAUGCACACAUUUCUGAACUGACACUGCCAGCCAGUGACUCCCCUGUAGCCAAAUUGGACUUUGAACUUGAGCCUGAGCCUCCACCUGCUCCACCCCGUGCGUCGUCCCUUGGGGAAAUAUGUGAAUCUUCCUCCGAGGUCAAGUCUCCUGACGUGCCAUCUCAGGAUGAAGUAACAGCUUUUGAUUUUGAAAAUGGCAGAAACAAUAUUGUCCCUAAACUCCAGCCUGAAAUAAUCUGUGAGCCUGAUGCUCCUCGUUCAGACAUCAAAUACACCAACACCCGAGAGCCUGAAGACAGAAGAUCACAACAAAGAUUUCAGUUCAGCCUGAAGGAUUUCAGAUGUUGCGCUGUACUGGGCAGAGGACAUUUUGGAAAGGUGCUGCUGGCAGAGUACAAAAACACAAACGAGAUGUUUGCUAUUAAAGCCUUAAAGAAAGGAGAUAUUGUCGCUCGUGAUGAAGUAGACAGCUUGAUGUGUGAAAAGCGAAUAUUUGAAACUGUGAAUAGUGUCAGACACCCCUUCCUGGUGAACCUCUUCGCUUGCUUCCAAACCAAAGAUCACGUUUGCUUUGUAAUGGAAUACGCUGCUGGCGGGGACCUGAUGAUGCACAUCCACACUGAUGUCUUCUCUGAACCCAGGGCAGUAUUCUAUGCUGCGUGCGUGGUUCUUGGACUCCAGUAUUUACAUGAACACAAAAUCGUGUACAGAGAUUUGAAGUUGGAUAACUUACUCCUGGACACAGAAGGUUUUGUGAAGAUUGCUGACUUUGGUCUUUGCAAAGAAGGAAUGGGAUUUGGAGACAGAACCAGCACGUUCUGCGGCACACCGGAAUUUCUUGCUCCAGAGGUGCUGACAGAAACCUCCUAUACACGAGCUGUGGACUGGUGGGGGCUUGGUGUACUUAUCUAUGAGAUGCUAGUGGGUGAGUCUCCCUUCCCUGGAGAUGACGAAGAAGAGGUGUUUGACAGUAUUGUAAAUGAUGAAGUAAGAUACCCACGAUUUCUGUCUACAGAAGCCAUCUCUAUAAUGAGACGGCUGCUACGAAGGAAUCCAGAGCGGCGUCUGGGAGCUGGAGAGAAAGAUGCUGAGGACGUGAAGAAGCAUCACUUCUUCAGGCUAAUAGAUUGGAAUGCUUUACUGGCCAAGAAGGUGAAGCCUCCUUUUGUACCCACCAUUAGAGGCCGAGAAGACGUCAGUAAUUUUGAUGACGAAUUUACCUCCGAAGCACCUAUCCUCACUCCACCUCGGGAACCGCGGAUACUGUCGGAAGAAGAGCAGGAAAUGUUCAGAGAUUUUGAUUACAUUGCUGAUUGGUGUUAA